UCCCCCUUCGAGCUUCGACACCGUGUGCGGUUUGCUUUCCUCCCCUCGAACCCCAAACCUACCCGACACCAAAUCUCCACCGGAGUCUGAUGGACGGUGCCGUACCCAGGAAACGCGAAGCUAACCACGGCGGCGACGGCGAGGCCAGCGCGCCGGACCUGAUCAGCCGCCUCCCGGACUGCAUCCUCGGCACCAUCGUCUCCCUCCUACGCACUGAGGAUGGCGCCCGCACCGCCGUCCUCUCCCGCCACUGGCGCCCUGUCUGGCGCUCCGCGCCGCUCAACCUCGACGACGACCUCAAUAUCUAUUGCGACGACGACCUCCGCGUCCAGGUCGUCUCCCAGAUCCUCGAUGCUCACGGGGGCCCCACCCACCGGCUCGCCUUCAGAUCUCUCCCCCUCGACUCCAACGCCUCCAUCUACGACGCCUGGUUCCGACGGCCGCAGCACCGUGCGCUCCAGGAGCUUGUCCUCCAUUUCCCCCUCGUCUCCAGCUACCACGAGCUGCCCGCCUCCGCCCUCCGCUUCGCCUCGUCGCUCCGCGUGCUCGACAUCAGAUGCUGUACCUUGCCGGCCGCCGGCUGGGGCCCGCCUGCCUUCCCCUGCCUUACCCACCUUUCUCUCCGCGAAGUCGGCGUCAGCGAAGACUUCCUCCAAGGGAUGAUUUCUGGUAGCCCGAGGAUCGAGGUUAUGGUGCUCGGCUCCAAUUUCGGUCACCGCCGGCUGCGCCUCUGCCUGCCUAGGCUUAGGUCCCUGGCCGUGUCGGUCAGGUGGAUUAGAAGGAGGGAGGAACGGAUCGAGCUGGAUGAUCUCGUGGUUGAGGGUGCUCCAUGUCUGGAACGAUUGCUGCUCAGUCAUGUGACCUAUGGCCCAUCGGUGAGAAUCACAGGCGCAACCAAGCUCAACAUGUUGGGCUACCUUGGAACUGGCUUUCCAACUAUUCAGGUCGGCGAAUCAAUCUUUAAGGCCAUGGUUCCUGUCAAGUUGGCGGAUAAUUUGUUCGGUGUGAGGAUAUUGGCACUAGCUAUGCCUGAACCAAAUUUGAAGCUUGCCAUAGACUACUUAAGAUGUUUUCCUUUCUUAGAGAAGCUUCACAUCGAGUUUUCAAACGGAUGGAGUUGGGAAGGUCCCGGGCUCUAUGAUCCGCUUAAUCCCAUUGAAUGUCUUGACCGCAGUCUCAAGACCAUUGAGCUGCAACCAUACGAAGGACUUAAUUCACAUAUCGAAUUCGCCAAAUUCUUCAUCAAGAGGGCAAAGAUCCUUGAGCUCAUGAAGUUUGGUAGGUGCCCAUGGUGUGCAACAAAAUGGAUCGAAGAUCAGCACAGGAAGCUUGAUGUAGAGAACAAAGCUUCUAAACGUGCUCAGUUUUCGUUUGAGCAAGAGGGUGACUUCUCGACAUUCUGGUUGGAUGAGGCCCUAUCUGAAGAAGUCUGCUUCUAAGGUGGGUGAUUUCUUGUGGGCAAGCUUUCAGGUUCUAUCCUGGAAGUGGUUGUCAGAAAUGCUCAUUUCAUUGUUAAUGAGACGCUCUUUUACUGAACUCUAGGGGUGGCUAUCUAUAUUGUGGAAGAUAUAUAAGCCAUCCAUCUUUAAACCCCACUACGGUCCAAUUAGCUUAUACAAAUGUUCAACAUUUUUCUUAAAUAUUUCAACAUUUGAUGUUCAAAAUGUUGAAACUAGGUGGACAAAAUGUUGAAAUGGUAACUUCAAAAUGUUGAACUGUC